CUAAUAGACGCUAAUGUUGUUGUUUGCUGUUGUGAGCAUUACUAAUAAGGUUUCUACAAAAUGGGUUUAUAUGAAACAAAAUACGCUGGUCUAACCGAAAAUAUUUUAGAAGACUACGCAUCUUUGACCUAUCUGACUAAAGGAGAAAUUUUACAUUUAAUGAAAAAGUUCUAUUCGAUCGAUCCCGAGAAAAUAGCUGCGAAUUUCUCCCACAGAAUAAAAAAGCAGGAUAUUAUUAAUAAGUUCGGUGUUUUAAAGAAUAAUCCGUUUCAAGAUCGUCUGUUUCGGGUGUUUUCUUCAGAGAAUGACGAUUGCUUCUCGUUUGAGGAUUUACUUGAUCUCUGCUCUGCUAUGAGUUCCGAUUGUCCGACAGAAGUCAAAGCUGCUUGGGCUUUUAAAGUAUUUGAUAUUGAUGAAGAUAAUCAAAUAUCAGUACAAGACAUAUGCAAUAUUUUGGACCGUUUGACAGGGGAUCCUCAUAACCGUGCAAACUAUCUAGACAAAGAGUCUAAAUUAAAAAUAGCUAAAGUGAUAUUAGAAGAAAUUAAUUUAGAUAGAAGCGGUAGUAUCGGUCUAAACGAAUUCAAGCUAAUUCUCUUAAGAUUGCCUGAAUUUUCGUCAUCGUUUUAUUUCAGGUUGUAAUGUCUUGAAAAUAGUAAUGUAUCAAAAACAAAUUA